GCCACAUGUUCAGGCUGAGGAGAGGUCGUUAUUGAUUGACAGCUCUUGUGACGAGGAGGGCGGGGCAAAGCAUGUUCACUGACGGCGGCGAUGGCAGUAUAUAAUGGUGGGGGAAGGUUGUUCUUUGCCUUGUUUGUGUCAGUUGUUGCAGAUAGUUUGGUGCUGGGGGCAAGUUGCUAACGAAAAUGUCUUUGAACCGCUUAUUGCGUCUGGGUGUCAGUGUACAGCAUCUGAAGACUGAUGUUCAAGGACUGAGAACAUGGCAAUGUCGCAUAAAGCAGAGUUUACCUGCAGUAACUGUACGAUGGUGUCAACAUGGUGUUCAAGACUCAAUGAACUGUUCAUGGUUGAUGCAUGACAAACACUUGGAACUGAAGUAUUCUGAUUUGGUGAUGCGUUUUGAUUAUAUUUGGCUACGGGAUCAUUGCCGCUCUGCAUCCUGUUUCAACCCAAAAACUAAUCAACGGAGCUUAGAUACAGCCCAAGUGGAUUUGGCCAUCAAGCCAAUAAACAUACGUUCAGAUAAUGAUACAAUCUACAUAACAUGGCCAGAUAAUCAUAUGACCAAAUAUGGAUUGUCAUGGUUGGUGAAACAUUCUUUUGAAGGACAGAAGCAGACUGUUCAAAAGCGCAUCCUUUGGAAUGCUGCUGUUUAUAAAGAAGCGCAAAUGCCUUAUGUUACUUAUAAUGCUGUAAUGGAAUCUGAUGAGGAACUAAAAAAAUUCUUGGAGACCUUCCUGCUUUAUGGAGUCUCUUUUAUUGAAGAAGUUCCUGUGAGUGUUGAGGCAACAGAAGCUGUAGCUUUGCGUGUUGGCUUGAUCAGGGAGUCCAUUUAUGGCCGAAUGUGGGAUUUUACUUCUGACUUCUCACGUGGUGACACUGCUUACACAAAAGUGGCACUUGAUCGGCAUAUAGACACAACUUAUUUUCAGGAACCUUGUGGAGUUCAGUUGUUUCAUUGUCUGAGGCAUGAUGGAACUGGUGGAAGAACUCUGUUGGAAGAUGGGUUUAAUGCUGCAGAAAAUGUAUGGAAACAAAAUCCUGAUAACUUUGACUUGCUCACUAAAGUGCCAAUCAAGCAUGAAUACAUAGAGAAUGUAGGGGAAUGUCACAAUCACAUGAUUGGAAUUGGACCAAUUCUGAAUGUUUAUCCAUGGAAUAAUGAAUUAUAUUUGAUAAGAUAUAACAAUUAUGAUAGAGCUGUUAUUAGCACAGUGCCUCAUGAUGUAGUCCACCAAUGGUACAUUGCACACAGAGCCCUUACAACAGAACUCAGGAAGCCAGAGAAUGAAAUAUGGGUGAAACUAAAACCUGGAAAGGUUCUAUUUGUGGAUAACUGGAGAGUCUUGCAUGGCCGUGAUGCAUUCACUGGCUACCGACGGCUAUGUGGAUGUUAUCUGAUGAGAGAUGAUGUGCUGAAUACUGCAAGAUUUCUUGGCAUCGAGAUUUAAAAAUGCUGCUGAACUUGAAGACAAAUUAUGUGGCAAGAAUUCUGGCUCCUUGAUGAAUUCUAGAUAUAAUUAAUGGAGCAUGUACUCUUACAAAGUUCAUGAAAGACCAUGCAUUGAUUGAACUAUUUUUUGAAUAAAUGUAUAUUUUUGCCCUCAUUGCUCAAUUAAUAUCAUUGCAUUUGUGAGUUUUAAUGCUUGCUGUUUGUCACCUUUCAACCAUAGUUACUUUGUCUAAAUUUAACCCAGCCUCAUAAAAACCAUGCCUUCAAAAUAGGCUGAUGUUUGAAGUAGAACACAACUGCAGAGAACUAAUUAUUUAAGAGACUUUUGGGGUUAGGGAGAAAGGGAAAGGUCUGUGCCUUGCACAGGUUGGUUUGCACAUAAGGAAAGGAUUUAUAAACUAAAUUUGUGAAUUAGUGAUACCACUCUUGCCUCACUCCAGCAACUUGCAAAAAAAAAUCUCUAGGCAAAUCAUCACAGUCAGCACUAAGUAGCAUUUGUAGUCAAGCAUCUUGUCUUUCAAACAGAGGCCCGAUCUGCAUGUGGACUGGAAGGAUAGGAGUGUUGUUCUGUCCAAUAUUUUUCCCUAAAUCAGCAUCACCCAAAACAAUAGCUAGCCAUUAACAUUGCUGCUUAUGGGAGCUUGCUGUGCAGUUUGGCUGCCACGUUUCUCCCACAUUACAAGUGACUGCAGGUCAGAAAUAUUGACAGGAGCUUUAGAUGUCUUGAAGAGAUGAAUUUAUUAUGUUAAUACAAGUUUUCAUACUUGCAAUACUGUGUAACCCAAAUUGUCUAGAUUUUUCUGGAAUUAGAGCACAGGAAAUUGAGUCUUAAUGACUAUCCUAUGUAUCCAUUAAUUGCAUUUGCCACUUUGAUUUUGCUUUUUCAGAGGCAAUGUUUGCACCUUCAAUGUAUUUUUUAAGCAAAGCUGAUUGACUGUUAUAAGGUGAUUUAUGAAUGCUCUGUUUUCAGAUAUUCAAGAUGACCUUUCAGCCAUUUAUAAACAUGAAAUCAGGAAAUAUCCAGUUGGAGGUCUGCCCUGGUACAAAGCUAAACCAAAAGGAUUAUUUGUAUUUGUGGUUCUCAACAAAGUUUUUUUUAAAUGCUCAGCAGUGCAUCAGUGGGGACUGAUGUGAUUAAAAGAUCAGGAAGAAAUGGUCUCAGCUAAAUUGCUUAAAAUAAUAAUUGCUAGUUCCUCUCCACAA